AAACAGUACUAACUGCGAAUCAAAACAAACCUAAUAAUAGGAAUGUUUCAUCUAUUACGAGUUACGAGUAGUCUUAGAAUACUUUACUAUGGUAAUAGAGUUAGGUUCUAGUCUCGGAAGUAAAAAUAAAUAUUUAAGACAAAUCAGUUAUCAACUCAACAUCGUUAAUCAACCAAAGAACUGAUUUUAUAAAAUUUUGCUCUGACAAAAUGGAUUGGUAAGGUGAAUGCAAAAUUCUACGUUUUUGAAUCAAUAAAAACAGACCAGUAACGGGAACAAAUUGAUACCAGAAAGCAAGAUGUCUUUGUUUAGAAAGCCUAAGAAGACAAUACAAAGAAGAGUAUUCACUGAGAACGACGAUGAAGAUGAAGAUGAACAACCCAUGGACUUCCAAGAAGCGGCUCCUGUCGAAAAAAGACCAAGAAAAAAAGACAAAUCUUCCAAACAACAGAUACUAUUGAGUUUCGAUGCUGAAGAAGAGGGAGAAGUUUUUCAGGUGAAAAAGUCUUCACACAGCAAAAAGGUUUUGAGAAUGUUUGAAAAGGAAAAAAAGAAAAAGGAUGUCAAACAUGAAAAAGACGAAAUCAAAUCAAAGGAAAAAACUGAGAUUGUAACGGAUGACCUGGUGUUGGUGGUUAAUUCCAAUCAUAAAAAACCUCCUACACCUCCUCAUCCGCAGAUUCUCAGUGGACGAGAUGCCUUAUGCGCAGGAAAAGAUGACCUGAGUUCCGAGGAUGAUGCUAACAGUGAUGAACAAAUAGGCCAUCGAUUUUCAAAACCUAACAAUUUCAAGAAGGUACUGGAGUCUGGAGCUAUUCCGGAUGCUGCAAUGAUCCACGCUGCAAGAAAACGUAGACAGAGAGCAAGAGAGAUGGGAGAUUUCAUCCCAACAGAAGAGGAGGAGCCAGAAGAUAAAGGUCGACACAUGAGAGAAGAUGAAAAUGAUGGUAGUGACGAAGAGAGAAUAGAUAUGGACAUAAAUUUAGCUUUGAGAGAUCAGGAACGUAGGAGAGAACAAUUCUUAGCUGCUCAAGAUUCAGAUCAUGAAAUCGAUGAAUGGGAAGACCAACAAAUCAGAAAGGGGGUAACUGGGGCAGCUAUGGAAGCAGCUAGAGAAGUUCUCUUCUCCUUGGAGUGCCCUUCUCCCCCUCAAAUCAGUACCCACAUUCCUGUUAUUGAUCCUGGCAUUCCUAGAACUCCUCAGAUGAUAGCUGCCAAACUCCAGGAACAAUACGAGAAUGUUUAUAGAUCCCAGGAAAAGCACAAGAAUCAGUUACAAAAAACCCAGGAAGAUAUACAGGAAGUGAUGGCUGAGCUGGCAGAACUGAAACUUAAGGCACCUGCUGCUGCUAACCGUUUCAGAUUUUAUCAGGAACUUAGAGGUUACAUAACAGAUCUUGUGGAAUGCUUUGACGAGAAAAUAGAGGUAAUUGCGAACUUAGAACAACGUGCCCUAGAAUUGAUGGCUCGCAAGUCAGACUGGUUGAUAGAGAGGAGAAGGCAAGAUGUCAGAGACCAAGCAGAAGAAGCGACGGUAAAGGGAGGUGUAUUACGAAAAGGCAGAGAAGAAGAAGAGAAACAACAAAGAGCUGCCGAGAGGGAGGGCAGAAGGAUAAGACGAAGACGAGCCAGAGAAGUCCCCGGACAACCGAAGCAUGUUGAAGGUAUGUCCAGCGAUGAUGAGAUUUCUCCACAGGACAGCCUCCAUUUUGAUAAGGAAAAAGAGCAGAUUCAGACCGAACUGCGAGACAUAUUUGAGGAUGUAGUGGAUGAUUAUUCGUCUGCUGCAAACAUACUCAUCAGGUUUGAGGGGUGGCGAUCAACUGAUCUCACAGCCUAUACCGAAGCCUAUGCGACUUUUUGUUUGCCGAAGGUUGUCGGUCCAUUAGUGAGACUCAACCUGAUUUUUUGGGAUCCCCUGAACGAAACUGUGGAGCUGGAAAAGUUGGACUGGUACAGGACUUUGGCAUUGUACGGUCUGCAUGACGAUGAAACCGAAGAGAGUCUUGCAAAGGAUCCAGACAUUUUUCUCUUACCAACCAUUGUAGAGAAACUGAUAGUUCCAAAACUCACCCAACUGGUUGACAAAUGCUGGGAUCCGCUCUCGAGUUCACAAACCUUGCGACUUGUUGGAAUACUAAGCAGGUACAUCAGAAGAUUCCCCUCUCUCGGGCCUGCGAGUCAACCACUGGAAAACUUGUUCAGCUCAGUUUUACAUAAAAUGAAAACUUCCUUGGAACAUGAUGUUUUCAUCCCAAUAUCACCCAAAAUUGCUGAAAGCAGGUCCCAGUUUUUCCAGCGUCAGUUUGCAAGCGGACUGAAGCUACUGAAAAAUAUCACCAGCUGGCAAGGAAUUCUCAAUGACAACAUUCUCAAGGAGCUCGCUCUGACAUCUCUACUCGAUCGAUAUUUGCUGAGCGCUCUCAAGUUUUGUAUCGUCACAGAUGCCGUCCAGAAGGUCAGACUGAUAAGUCUCAUCCUACCUAGAAUUUGGUUUCUAGGAAGUAUGCCAGAAUUCAAGAUGUUUUCUGCAACUGUGCUCAAUCUACAUCAGCAGUUGGACAAGAAUAAUCCAUUGCAUCUGGAACCUCUGGAGACUUUAACAAGUAUAUUGAAAACAUUGAGAUCUCAGAGUUGAAUGUUAUUGUGUAAGUCAAGUUAGAAUUUAAGUUAAUAAAUGUUAAAAUA